ACAUGGGGACAGUGGGGACAGUGGGGACACUGGGGACACUGGGGACACUGGGGACAUCGGGGACAUUGGGGACAGUGAACGGCCACGAGCCCGCGGGGCCCCCCAAGACCUCGGGGUCACCUCCGAUGACCACGCUGACCACAAGCCCAGUGUCCCCUCCCCCCUGUCCCUCGGUGUCACCUGCCUGCCCCGAGGGUGGGGCUGUGGUGGCACCGGGGGUCACUGUCCCUGUGUCCAGCGGUGUCCCCGUGCCCGGUGCCACUGUCCCCACGUCCAGGGUCACUGUCCCCGUGCCCAGCGGUGUCCCUGUGUCCGGUGCCACCGUCCCCACCUCUGGGGUCACUGUCACCGUGCCCAGCGGUGUCCCCGUGUCCAGCGGUGUCCCCGUGUCCGGUGCCACUGUCACCGUGUCCAGCGGUGUCCCCGUGCCCAGCGGUGUCCCCGUGUCCAGCGGUGUCCCCGUGUCCGGUGCCACUGUCCCCACGUCCAGGGUCACUGUCCCCGUGCCCAGCGGUGUCCCUGUGUCCGGUGCCACCGUCCCCACCUCUGGGGUCACUGUCACCGUGCCCAGCGGUGUCCCCGUGUCCAGCGGUGUCCCCGUGUCCGGUGCCACUGUCACCGUGUCCAGUGGUGUCCCCGUGCCCAGCGGUGUCCCCGUGCCCGGUGCCACUGUCCCCGUGCCCAGCGGUUGUCUGAAGAUCUGGUUCAGCGAGCGCGACCUGGAGCGAACCUUCUCGUACCCGUCCGAGGGGGCGGCGCUGGCGUCUGCGGCCUGCUCCUGUUGCUAUGGCAACGAAGCCUGUGGCCUGCCUACUCCCAAGGCCUACUCCUGUUGCUAUGGCAAUGAAGCCUGCGGCCUGCCUACUUCCAAGGCCUGCUCCCAUCACCGUGGCAACGAAGCCUGUGGCCUGUCCUGCUCCCGUCGCCGUGGCAACGCGCUGCUGCUUGGCCGCGCUCGUAUCGCGACAGUGACAAUAAACGCCGACGCCGGCGACGAUAAACGCUGA